AUGAACCCAUUGCAUAGGGAGAAGCAGCUUUUCCAGUCUGAUAUCACUGAUCUUAUACUGACAAUGGUAGAGACACUGGCGCGCGAGCAGUACCUACAACAUGCGCGGAUGGACGCCCGCUUGAAUGAGCUCGAGGAGAAAGUGAUGUCGUCGCAACUUCACGUGGGAUUGAAAAUGGCGCACAAGAACUCAACCUGCAGCGAGGAUAGCGACGGGGAGUCAACAAAUACCACGUUCUCACCUGACAAGGUCGAAGCCUCAGAGUCCAACUCUUCAGCAGAUGGCCUCGCAGCUCCCAUGUGUGACUACUGUUUCCUCUUUUCUCACAGCUGUUUUCCGUGCCCUCGGUGUGGACGCGAGUGGUACUGCAGCGCUGCCUGCCAGCGACUACGCCACCGCUGCCAUGCUUCUCGAUGCGGACAACCGAAUCUACCUCAGACAUGCCUUCAUACGAGAAUUGCUCACUAG